AUGGACAACAACGAAAUUCCACUCAUCAACGUACCUUAUCCCCCAGAAUUGUCGGUGGAAGAAAUUUUAAGCCGUAGGUCUGAUGAGAGACUUAGAUCAAGAGCUCCGAAUCAAUAUUUUAUUUAUAGAAUGGCUUAUAUAAAACAACUCAGGAAAAUUAUUGGUGACAAUAUCUCCAUGAUUAGGAUAUCGCCUUAUAUAAGUUCCUCUUGGUCAAAAGAGCCUCCCGAAGUAAAAGAAGCUUAUAAAAGACUUUCUGGCCAGGCAGAAAAUCGGUUGAAGGAAAUAAGGAAAAGUAGUAGUCUA